AUGGCAGUCAUGAAUCCGGGCAAUGCAAGCAUUCCAAAGUUCUUCACCCUAUUGGGUUUCUCUGACCAUCCCUGGUUGGAAAAGCCACUCUUCAUAAUGGUGCUUGUGGCUUACAUCUGCACACUAGUGGGAAACAUCUCCAUUAUUGUUGUGUCCAAGGUGGAUCCUCAUCUUGACAGCCCUAUGUACUUCUUCCUUUCCAACCUCUCCUUUCUGGACCUGUGUUUUACCACAACCACCAUCCCUCAGCUGCUGGUGAACCUCUGGGGCCAAGAUAAGUCCAUCAGCUAUGGAGGCUGUGUGGCCCAGUUCUAUGUGUUUCACUUCCUGGGGGCCACGGAAUGCAUCAUCUUGGUGGUCAUGUCCUUGGAUCGGUACAUAGCCAUCUGCAAGCCCUUGAGGUACCCAGCUAUCAUGCAUCAGAGACUCUGUGUCUUCUUAGUGUCUGUGGCAUGGAUAAGUGGUUUGACUAACUCCUUGCUUCAGGCAUCUCUCACUGUCCAACUGCCACUUUGUGGUAACAACAAGGUGGAUGACUUCCUGUGUGAGAUUCCAGUGAUGAUCAAGAUGUCCUGUGUCGACACUGCUUUCAAUGUAACUAUGCUCUCUGUUGUGGGUACAUUCUUUACCCUGGUCCCCUUGUCUCUUAUCCUUGUCUCCUAUGGGUUCAUUGUAACUACAGUGCUCAGAAUUCGUUCAUCAAUGGGAAAGAAGAAGGCCUUCAACACCUGUGGCUCCCAUGUUAUUGUCGUCUCUCUCUUCUACGGGCCAGUAAUAUGCGUGUAUGUGCAACCUUCUGGUACUAACUCCCAGGACAAGAACAAACUCAUGGCCCUGUUCUACAGUCUGCUGACUCCUAUGCUUAACCCUUUUAUUUAUACUUUGAGGAACAAGGACAUGAAAGGGGCAAUAAGGAGACUUCUCCUCCCAUUGAGCUAUCAGGGAAGAGAAUAA